GGGAAUCUUCGUUAAGAUUGGAGUUCUGAGGCUGGAAGGCUCGUUCGAAAACUCCCACGUACCUUAUUAAUCGCGCUGGUGGGUGUCGUUUCUCCUGCCGAGCCACCACCACCAUCCCGCCCCACCCGGCGAGUGCACGGGACCGAAUCGGGUAUCGACGAGACGGCGCAUGUCACGCCGAGUCACUCAGCAGCGUUCGGAACGCUUCCUUCUGUUGGUGCUGCUCCGUUCGUAUCCUUAGACCGAGUCGAGUUCACUAGGGUACGGUGCCACUGGGAUAAAUGUGCGUUUGUUUACCCGCCCCUCGCUCAUUGCGUGCGUUCCCCAUCGGGGAGUGUUCGGCAGGAUACGGUGCUGAGUGACCCGACUGUGAACGUUUCGGUUUGCUCGGCUGCUCCAUCUAGGUCCAUCUUCGGCGGAUGGCGAAUAAAACUCAGCCAACGCUGGCUUUCUGCGGUCAAUUCGUGUCGCUUCGUUUCAGGACAAGUUGAUCGCAGUAGCGAAACGGACCGUUUUUUUCCGGCGUUGACAGAAGGGAAAGCACCAUUAGGCUUCGGCUCGAGCCCUGACGUGCUUCGAAGGCGCUGCGGAAAAAAACACACGCCACCGUCCACUGUGUACCGUAUCGGUGGUGUGCUGGUGGUCGACAGCAAACUGGUCGACGAGUUGGCAGAAAGUUUUCUUACCUUUAUAACAACAUUCGUAACGUUUCUACCUGGUGUUUAUCGGUGUGCUUGUUAAGUUUAUGUAUCGCUAUUUCGCUAGAGUUUAUCGAUGUGCUUUGAACUAGCCGCUUAGUGUGUGCGUGUGUUAAUGGUAGAGUUGUUCCGAAGGCAGGGGGAGCGAAUCGUGCCCGUAAGAAGACUCAUCGACUGUUAAACGAAAGCUAACCUUAAACUUCAACCCUCUAUCGAUUGUUAACUCUCGUUGUUCGACUUUAAGCUCGUUAGUGUGAGGAUGGCCCCGGACGGCUUCGGUGUGUGAAGUUAAAGUUCAAACGUGUCAAACAGUUGUGCGUUGUGCUCAAUGUUAAUGGUCUUGUUACAUUCUGGCUCAUCUUUUUCCCUCCGAGUACAGAUACGCCACUGCUCUAGGUGUGCGCUCGUGUGUUAAAUCGCUCGUCUGUUCGGUGAAGAACACUAAUCCGCCGCGAAAGUAAUCCAGCGGUUUGUUGUUGGUGUGAAUGCGUGAGUCGGGAGCGUAUCGCUUGGUUAUGACCGUGAUUACUGUCGCGUAAGUGGACGUAAAGCAAAUGUCGGAAUCGGAAAGUGGAGGUAAAUUUUAAAAUAUUUAAAAAAGCGUGUAAAACCCAACAGCUGAUAAGAGUAUGUGAACUGCGUGUGUGUGUCGAUUCGAUUGAAUGUGAUGUAUCGUGAACACGGUUGGUGAAGAUAGUACUCGUCGUUUCGCAAAACGCACUGUGCACUGUGAGCCAGCAGUUGGCAAAACUUCGUAAAUAAUUCGCGCGUGUCGUGUCGGUGAAUCGUCGUGCGUGGUUGUUUAAGCUUAGUUUAAGCUUAGUGGUUUUUCGUGAAGAUUUGUGUGAAAUUUGCAAGUGACUCGUGACUGAAAGGCUAAGCGUGUGUGCGAUUGCAGUGACUGUUUGGAGCGGUUGAAAAACUUACCACACAGUCUGUCUGCUAGUUGGAAGGUUCCGUUCCCCCAAGUACAGGAAGAGAACAGAGCGAUGGGCGAUUUUCUGUACUCCAGCUCAGUUCUUGCGAACGAGUCAUGCGUGGCUAAUCCGUCGCUGCUCGACACGCUCAGCAUCAAUAAUCUGCUGAACAUCAAGCAUUUGGCGGGGACGUCCGGUCCCGAUAUGGCCGGCACUGGCAUCUCGGACAGUCUGGGCACGAUCGGCGAAUCUUCGUCCUCGUCGUCCUCGGUGUCGAUGGGAGAGCGCACCAAGACAAAUGGUAACGGUGGCACCGGUCCCAAACUGUCUGGUGGCGGCGGUGGUUCGGCUGGUUCGUUGGCGUUAGGCGUUGCUACGGGCGGUUCCGGUGCGUCCGUUGUCGAUGGACCGGGCGGACUGCUGAUGGCAUCGAGCGUUGCUGCUUCCAGCUGCGGCGUAGGAGGUCUUUCCUCAGUGUCUAGCAUCAUCACAACGGCCAUGUCGUCCGACGGUUGCUCGCUUUCGUCUGUGUCGGCUGCCCGCGAACUCUCCAUGGCACUGGGCUCGGCGGCAGGAAAUGUCGGCGAAGCGACGGUCACUUCUUCGCUGCUGAACGGUGGCAGCAUUACAUCGCCCUCGAUAGUGAACCUUGGCGGGCACGGUGGCGUGAAUGGGAUGGGCAACGGCAGCAACGGCAGUAGCGCAAACGGCAACCACAACAACACGGGUCACAACCACAGCAAUAAUGGGGGCAGCAGUGCUAGCAGUUUAAACAGCAGCGGUAGCAUGUGCGUGAAUGGUAACGGUGGUGGUGGGAAUCAGAACAGCGCCAACAACAAUCUGCUCCUGGAUGGUGGAUCCGAUCAGCUGCAGCUGCAGUCCGUAGCUGAAGAGCUCAGUCUGAAGGCGUCCGACUUGAGCUGUCUCGGUGUCACGUCCAAUCUGAUGAACGGAUCAUCACACAUCGGGUCUUGCUUGGCUCCGAGCGGGCUCGGGUUCGGAACGUCACCGGAUCAUUCGAGCCCGUGGUCGACCGGUCCGGAUGAAACGACGUCUGGCCAGGGCAGUUCCGGUGGUGCUCACCUAUCAAUGAAUGGAUUGGGAGCGUUCCAGAAUUUCUCAAGCAAUCUCUACAGUGGUGCCGUUGUGGCGGCUGCCGCAGCUGCUGCAGCCGCCGCUGCCCAGCAGCAACAGCAGCAACAACAGCAGCAGCAGCAACAGCAGCAACAACAGCAGCAGCAACAUCAGCAACAGCGCCGUGCCAUUACGGCUUCGCAUGGUGGUUUCCCCAACCAUCAUCACGGUAUCUCGCCGAGCGGUUUAUCCGUGCAUGGUAAUGCAAUGUUGCAGCAACAGCAGCAGCAGCAACAACAGCAGCAACAGAAUCAGUAUAAAAAUUCGUACCCUUCGUGGUCCAACCCGGGCCCAUGGUCACAGCAACAGUCCACCCAGCAGCAGCAACACCAUCAGCAGCAGCAGCAGCAGCAGCAAGUGCAUCAGCAUCAGCAGCAGCAGCAAAGUUCGUUGUCCUCGUGGAACCGUGGCCGUUCCGUUUCGAGCCUCAACCCAUCGGGACUCGGGCCGAACGGGCUACAUUCGCGCAAGCCUCCGCACCAGUCCGGUAACCAGUCGCUCUCCCCGUACGGCAUCGGCAAUAGCAGCCAUCUGCAGCAAUCUCACCACCAUCAGCAGCAACAUUCGCAUCAGCAACAAAGCCUACAACAUCAGCAUCACCAGCAGCAGCAGCAGCAGCAGCACCAUCAUCAUCCAUCGCACCAUCAGUCGAACGCACUGCAGCCGUUACAGUCGAACCUUGCCAACUCGCCGUCUCGCUACAGGCGCACCACUUCAUCGAUUCCAUUCCCCAGCAAAUCGUCCCUCUCCAUAUCUGCCACCGGUACCGUUGGUGGCGGUGGUGGUGGUGGUGGUGGAGGUGCUGGCGGUGUCGUUGGCAGUGGCGGCGGUGUCGGUGGCAUCGGUUCCGGAGGAUUUCCCGGACCGCUCGACGUAGUGUCGGGCAUGGACGAGAACCGUGAUCCAUUCCUGUCAUCGUAUCAGGACCGCACCGGGCUGAGCAACGGUUUGGACAUGCGCUCGCUCGAGCACUGUCUGAGCGACAUCAUGCGAAACGUCGGCGAAGCAUCGCAGCCGGAUCAUCUGAAAGGUUUUCUUAACUGCAACACCAACACCCUGCAAUCGCUAGCCCAGCUACACGGUUCUGAUGUCAAAAACCCCCACUUGACAGACGCUAGACAGAUUCAGCAGUUCCCGAACACAGGCAAACCAUUUUUCGCGGGACUGGACGAACACCUGAACGAUGAUGAUGGUAGCGGUGGCGGUGGUUUUAUCGGAGCCAACCAGAUGCAGCUAAACUCGCCGGCUAGAUCUUCGCCCCACUCCAACGGGUCCGAGACGACGGAACGCUUCUCGCGGAAAGUGUUUGUCGGUGGUCUGCCACCGGAUAUCGAUGAAGAGGAAAUUACUACAUCAUUCAACCAAUAUGGAGAUCUCAUCGUCGAUUGGCCUCACAAAGCGGAAUCUAAAUCAUACUUUCCCCCGAAGGGGUAUGCGUUUCUGCUAUUUCAAGAAGAGCGCGGUGUGCAAAAGCUGAUCGAAACGUGCGUCCCGGACGACGACAAGCUCUACAUCACUGUCUCAUCACCGACGAUCAAAAACAAAGCGGUUCAAAUCCGUCCCUGGCGGCUAGCGGAUGCCGAUUUUGUGCUGGACGCUUCGAUGCCACUCGAUCCGCGCAAGACCGUCUUUGUGGGCGGUGUGCCGAGACCGCUGAAAGCUUAUGAACUCGCCAUGAUAAUGGAUCGCUUGUAUGGUGGUGUGUGCUAUGCAGGUAUCGAUACAGAUCCGGAAUUGAAGUAUCCGAAGGGCGCUGGACGUGUAGCGUUUUCGAAUCAGCAAAGCUACAUUGCGGCCAUCUCAGCUCGUUUCGUCCAGCUGCAGCAUGGCGACAUCGAUAAACGCGUCGAGGUGAAGCCUUACGUUCUGGACGAUCAAAUGUGUGACGAGUGCCAUGGUCAGCGUUGUGGAGGCAAAUUUGCUCCGUUCUUCUGUGCCAACGUCACUUGUCUUCAGUAUUAUUGCGAACAGUGCUGGGGUCUGAUUCACUCGCGCGAAGGCCGCGAGUACCAUAAGCCCCUCGUUAAGGAAGGCGCAGAUCGGCCCCGGGCAGUGCCCUUUCGUUGGUGUUAACGUCAACAGCCCCGAUCAAUAUCAACUGCAACUGCUAGGACGCAGGCGGCGGCGCGGGCGAGUAGUGGAGCUGGCGGCAAUGCCAUCGGUUCCGUCGUCGGCUGCACACCCAGCGAAACCCUCGCAUCGUUAUCCGCAAGCACUGGCACCGUACCCGCCGGACUCUACUACGGUGGCGGCAGCAGCUCUAAUGCCGGAUUUACCGGAUCUGCCGGCUACAUACCACCGCCGCCUUCGUUUCCCUGGUCUACCGGCACUGGAGCCAGUAACAGUGGAACCGUUGGCUUUGCCGGCGGGCUGGCAUCGAGAGCGCGACACCACCAGCUAAGUCGCCCACCACCACUGGCCACCACCGCGUCAACACCCUCUUCCAUAGCGAGUACGGCAGCACACGGUGGAACGGGCGGGUACCAUCAUAUCCAGUCACGCUUUGGCUCAUCUUCGGCUAGCGGUAAUAGCGCUACGGGGGCACUCGCCGUACCGCCCACCUCCACGUCCUCUCUGAACCGUUGCAGUUCCAUUGAUCAGUACCAUCAUUCGGCGGCAAUCGGUGGCAGUAGUAGCAGCAGCAGUAACAGCAUCGGUGGCCUCAAUAACCUGCUGUCCGGCGGCAUCGUCGCCGGUAUGGCUAGUGUGAAGAAAGAAGAUAUGCUGAAACAACGCCUUGCUAAACUGCAAUCGAUUACGCCUACCACUAACGGAAGUCCCUAAGGCGAAGGUAUGAAUAAUACGUUGUUUUACUUCGGCUGUUAGAUUACAAAUAAGCGAACCGCUCGGAAAAUAGGCGUUUGCAAUAUAAACUGUUCUUUUUAAAACAUUUCCUCCCUAUAUCGGUUUAGAUUUAAUUGAGCUUUAGCGGGGAGAAUAAUUCAUUUUUCGUGUAGUUUUUAACUUCAAACGCCAUAUUUGUAAAUCGUUAACAUUCGUUUCAACUAUUCUUCGAGCAUUCGAUGCAAUAUGGUCUUCUUUAUUUUUUUUUUUCAAUAUCCAUAAUUCACCAACCCAGCGGCGCUGUCAGUGUGGCAGUGCAAAGUAAAUAUAAUUCAAACCACUAGGAACCAUUUUAAAGAAGUUGUAACUAGCUUUAUGUAACCGAACGAUUCAAACGCGCCUUUGCCGUGUUUUGAUGUGCUUUGAUAAAUGCUAUAGAAGAACUCUCUCUCUCUGUACAUAUUUGCAAGGAAAGGAAGGUGUAUAAGAAAAAAAAAACAAUUCUGCUCUGUGCUUGCUUUGUCACCGAUCCGAUUGCAAAACGAUAAAGUAAUAGUUCAAUAUAAGCCAAUCGUUCGAACUGACCAUACCAUACGCCCCAAAUGUCAAGCAAGAGAUGAAUCGAUUUUUGUGAUAAAAUGGCUACACUAAAACUAAAAGAAAGUAAUAUUUUUAUAGAGUUAACCAUUUGCAAUACAACCGUA